AUGGAUCCUGAAAAUUCAACACCCUCAUGGUGUCUAGUCUGUCGCAAACGCCUCACUCUGUCAUACACAUCAGGACACGGCAUCAACAUAUCAACCAUACUCUGUCUCCCCGAGAGAUCACCCCGAGUUUCAUACGACCACAAAAGAGAAGGUCAUAACGGAAUAUAUUUACACAACCCCGAACCAAUCGAUACCUCUUGGGAACUGAACAUGCCUUUGUCCUUGCGUCUUAACGAGUCCGAUUUCCAGGGAGCUGACUUCAACUUGCCGCCAAUUCGGGAUCCCAAAGGAUUGGAGAAAUUUGAUCCUGUAAAUGGUUAUGCGAUGCGGGAGGUGCUGGAACCGGUACCACAAGUACCGAGUCAGAAUUUAAAUAUGACCUUGAACGGGUGA